AUGGAUGUAACCAACAAAGUGUACCGCAGGUCGCUGGAGAGCAGCCGCGGGUGCGCGGAGGGCGUGGAGCGCGCGCUGGCGGGCGCGGCGCGCGCGGGGCUGCGCGGCGCGGCGCUGGCGUCGCUGCUGCAGUGCGUGGGCGCGCGCGCCGACGUGCCGCGCGUGCUGCGCCGCGCACUCGUCGACGCCGCGCACGCCGAUGACGUGCAGGUGUUAGUGACUCGCAUCAUACAAUACCACAAAGAGGGUAUCAAGUUUCCCGAAGAGUUCCUGGAGGAGGUCAUGGAGAAGGCAACAGAGUAUGGCCUUCCGCCGCACAAGCAAUUGGGACUUCUGUCGCUCAGCCAACGUACAAGGGUCCAAGAUGGCGAUGACUUGCUAAAAGUCGCGCAGUUUACUGUGGACUUGUUCAAAACCGAGUGGCCCGAGUCCGAAUAUGCUCAACAAUUAACCGAGACGCAGCUGGUGUCGGCGGCGGGGCGCGCGGCGGCGCUGCGCGCGCUGGCGCCGGCCGCGGACACACGCGCGCGCCGCAAGGCGCUGGCCGACGCGCUCGCCUGCUGGCCGCACACGCUCGGGUCUGAGGGGCGCAGCCUGCAGUGCGAGUACGCGCGCGAGCUGUUGGUGUCGCGCGCGCCCGACGCGCUGCUGCUGCUCAAGCUGCUGCUGCGCCGCCCCGUGCUCAAUGACCAGGAAGUCAAAUGGCUGGCAGAGAACGCGAGCGAAGCGUUUAUUAACACAAUAUGGGUGGUACUACUGAGUCGGUGCGACUGUUCAGAGGAGUUGCUACGUAACUUACUCCUCGAACAUAAGGAUUUGGUGCAAAAAGAAGAAAUUGAAGAGGAUUUAAUUAAAGAAAUAUUAGAUCAAGGAAUGUUUAUCAAGAUGGUGUCUACUCCAUUGUAUUCGUCUAUAGUUAAUUACAUUUUGAAUUCAGAAACGUUAGAACGUGAGCCUUCACCAUAUACUAUAAAAUGGGCCACAACAGAACUCACAAAGGCCAAUUAUCUAGCAGAAGCUGGCCAUUUGCAGCUGUUGACCGUUGGUAUUCCUACGGCCCUACAUGGUUUCUCUCAGUCGGUGUUAUAUUGCAAAAAUAUGUUAAAACAA